AGAUGAGAUUGCCAGAAUUCUUGAGAUUGCCGGAUUUCUUGUUACUGCUGCACUCAUCUCUUUUUUCAAGAAUUGAUUUCUAACACUGCUUUACACAGCUCACGACCAGCCUAUCUUGCCUGAUCCGGUCGUGAUUUUCCGUCAAUUCUGUCGUAAUUCUAACAUAUUUUCGUCCCACCGCCAUGGCGAGCUCCAACGAAACCAAGGGCCUUCGCCCGCCGUCGACCACGAUUGCGACUGACAUGACUCAGUUGGUGGGCAAGACCCCCAUGGUGUACCUGAAUAAGGUGACGGAGGGCUGUGUGGCCAACAUCGCAGCCAAGCUGGAAAUCAUGGAGCCCUGCUGCAGCGUCAAAGACCGUAUCGCCGUGAGCAUGAUCACGGACGCUGAGGAGAAGGGGCUCAUCACUCCAGGCAAGAACACCCUGGUGGAGCCCACCAGCGGCAACACGGGAAUCGGGCUCGCCUUUGUUGCUGCAGCAAGAGGCUACAAGCUCACGCUCACCAUGCCCGCCUCCAUGAGCCUCGAGCGCCGCGUGCUGCUGCGCGCGUUCGGGGCGGACCUGGUGCUGACGGACCCUGCCAAGGGCAUGAAGGGCGCGAUCCAGAAGGCGGAGGAGCUUGUGGCGAGCACCGAAGGAGCCUAUAUGCUGCAGCAGUUUGAGAACCCUGCGAAUCCCAAGGUGCACUUUGAGACCACGGGACCUGAGAUCUGGGAGGGCUCACACGGCCACGUGGACAUUCUGGUGUCGGGGAUCGGCACGGGCGGCACGGUCACGGGCGCUGGGCGGUUCCUCAGGAGCAAGAAGCCGGAAGUGAAGCUAGUGGGAGUGGAGCCUAAGGAGAGCCCUGUUCUCUCAGGUGGAAAGCCAGGCCCGCACAAGAUUCAGGGCAUAGGAGCUGGUUUCGUGCCGGGAGUGCUGGACGUGGGGCUGCUGAGCGAGGUGGUGCAGGUCUCCAGUGAUGAUGCAGUGGAGAUGGCAAAGGAGCUCGCACAGAAGGAAGGGCUGCUGGUGGGCAUAUCAUCCGGAGCAGCAGUGGUGGCAGCAAUUGAAGUGGCCAAGCGGCCAGAGAACGCAGGAAAGCUCAUUGUGGUGGUGCUGCCUAGCUUUGGAGAGCGGUACCUUUCGUCUGUCCUCUUCUCUUCACUACGUGACGAAGCAGUGGCCAUGCAGCAUGCAUGACAGCAAUCAGUUGCAGUACAUUCACUUUCGCCUAUCGACUUUUGAGGCGCCUCAAAAGUCAAUCAGUGUGCAGUACAUUCACGUCCGCUUAUCUAUCAUGUCCAUGCAUGGAUGUCUAGUACCAGCAACACUUAUCUAUUCUGUAUGGUUCGUGUUAUGGUAGGUAUAUAUGCCAUCAUGGUCAGUCAUGUUGAUCAGAUUUAUCGUUUUGGAAAGCCAGCAAGUAAGACCAUAA